UCAGAGAAGAGCUUUGCAAGGUGGGCGCUGGACUCCCAGACCUUCUGCACUAUGCAGACUAUUGGCUUCCUCCUCCUCCUUCUGGUGAUUUUUGCUUUUGGGGCUGAGUUGGCACUCACCCAUGGUCAGCCAGAGUUCUGCCAUUUUCCUCGAGACCCUGGUCCAUGCAAGACGUACAUGCUCCGUUAUUUCCACAACACCAAGUCCAACAAAUGUGAGGAGUUGAUUUACGGCGGUUGCCAUGGGAAUAAGAAUAAUUUUAAGACUUUCGACAGCUGUCACUACACCUGCGUAGAGAAACCGGGCACCUGCCCUAAAUCUCCAUCAAAGUUGAUGACCAUCUGCCGUAUCUCCUGCGGCAGCGACUGGGAAUGCCCUGAGAAGACAAAGUGUUGCAGUUACGGCUGCCAUGUGCAGUGCGUGGAUCCUUACUUUGCAGUUACUACUUCCCAACCACUUUCCCCCUUAAACCAGCUGGAGCCUUUAGUAGAUGGGCCAGGUGAAGAAGCAAUCAACAGAUGUGAUGCUCCCCUGGAGGAUGGAUGUAAUCCAGAAAAACAGUCCAGUGGAACCCUCUCGGGCAUUUCAGAGAAGAGCUUUGCAAGGUGGGCACUGGGCUCCCAGACCUUCUGCACCAUGCAACCUACUGGCUUCCUCUUCCUUCUUCUGGGGCUUUUUGCCUUUGGGGCUGAGUUGGCACUCACCUCUGGCCGGCCAGAGUUCUGCCAUCUUCCUCCAGACACUGGUCCAUGCAAGGCGUACAUGCCCCGUUAUUUCUACAACCCCAAGUCCAACAGAUGUGAGGAGUUCAUUUACGGGGGUUGCCGUGGGAAUAAGAAUAAUUUCAAGACUUUCAAGAGCUGUCACUACUCCUGCGUAGAGAAACCGGGCACCUGCCCUAAAUCUCCAUCAGAGUUGAUGACCAUCUGCCUUGUCUCCUGCGGCAGUGACUGGGAAUGCCCUGAGAAGGCCAAGUGCUGCAGUUACGGCUGCCAUGUGCAGUGCAGCCCAGGUGAGCUGGAGUGGGCACUGGACCCCCAGCUCAGGCAAACCAAGACCAGCCAAACCAUGCGGCCAGUGGCCUUCCUCCUCCUUCUGGGGCUUCUCAGCUUCUGGGCCGGACUGACCGUUGCCACCAGGCCAGUCCUGCUUGUCCCAAACAUUUCCGAUAAGGGAUAUUCAAUUCCUUACAGCAUUAUUUCAGUAGAAAACAAUAGAAAAGCCACAACUCGCUGGCCUUUGGCUAUCCUUGUGGCUGCCUUGGGAAAUAAUGUGAUAGGGAAUGUAAUCCUGGUGGGUGCAUCAACAAUGAUGACUUUUUCCCUUCUUCCAGCUCAUUGCAACCUUCCUCCAGACUAUGGAGGGUGCAGAGGAUACGUAACCCGUUAUUACUACAACCCGACUUCCAAUAGAUGCGAGACGUUCACUUACAGCGGCUGCACAGGGAAUGGGAACAAUUUUCAGUCUCAAUAUGCAUGUCAUUAUUCCUGCAUUGGUAAGUGGGGAAGAGCAGAUGAAUGCAGCUUGGUGCCAUAUAACUGCCAUGGCUCCAAGCAAAGGGAAAUCUCUCCUCCUGGCUGCAUCAUGCGCCCCUCCAGCCUCCUCUUCUUUGGGGGGAUCGUGGUGCUCUGCUCCCAGCCGACGGGGGCAGUGUGGUCAUCGGCCAAACACUGGGCGGGCAGAAUUGGGUUGGACUGGAUGGUCCUUUGGGUUUCUGCCCAUUCCAUCACCCUUUUUGCCUUUGCUGAGCAUUGUCUUCUCUGCCCCUUCCCCGCAGGUCCCUUUGCCGUGGUCCCAAGCCUCUGCCGGCUUCCUCCGGAGGGUGGCUCUUGCCUGGCUUUGUUCACACGGUGGUAUUAUGACGCCUGGGCCAGACAGUGCCUGACCUUCACUUAUGGCGGCUGCGAAGGGAACGACAACAACUUCGAGACCCGGGAAGACUGCGAGAGCAAAUGUGUCUACCCAAGGCCACAUACCAAGCCACAAAUAACCACACCAGAGCCAGAAACGACAACACCUGAUCCAGGAACAACAACACCAGAUCCAGGAACAACAACUCUAGAUCCAGGAACAACAACACCAGAGCCAGAAACAGCAGAGCCGGAGCCAUCCCCAUUCAAGCCUGGAACAUGCCCCAUUCUGAAUGAGAGCAACAGCACGAUGUGUGGCGAGUACUGCAUCACGGAUGCCAGCUGCCCUGGGAAUGAGAAAUGCUGCGAGACCAGCUGUGGUCACAUGUGCCAUCUCCCACUAAAUGUCCAUCCUGGAUACUGUCCGAAGGAACCAGGAAGGAUCAGCAUCCCCUGUGCGGUCACUUGCACUGAGGAUUUGGACUGCGGUUUGGGUAGCCGGGUUCCCAAGAAGAAGUGCUGCAGAUACGGAUGCCGGCGGAUCUGCAGGGAAGCCGAAGAAGAGCACCCUGGUGUGUGCCCUAAAAUGCCGGUUGUGCAGACCUUUGCUCCUUGCAACGACACCUGCAGCGAUGACCGGGACUGUCCCCUGGAACAGAAGUGCUGCUUCACAGGCUGCAGCCUUGGUUGCCUGGACCCAGUUCGCAGCUAUCAGUGCCAGCUUCCUCCGGAUAGAGGUCCUUGCAGAGCCAUGUUCCGGCGCUACUUCUAUAGCCCUCUGAACAAGGCCUGCCUGCCGUUUUAUUACGGCGGAUGCCAGGGCAACACCAACAACUUCAAGACCGAGGAGGAAUGUCUGAAGACCUGCGACAAGAUGAGCCCAGGUAAGGGGCACCUGCUCAAGGUUGUAGGCUGCAGGUUUGGCCGGCUCAGAAAGACAAAGAGGCACAUCGAUUGA